AUGGCAAAUAAAUUGCCAGAAGACCAACGAAACAAAGUAACAAACAUUGGACUACUGCUAGCCAUGGUACAACUGGGAUUAUCAGAACCCUUUUAUAAAGUAGACUUUAGCUGGAUGCAUCUUGAAUUAAGUUGGCAAGCUCUAAUUUUAUUUUUUGGAGGAUUAUUUUUAAUUUAUAAAUCCACCUCGGAAAUUAGAGAGAAAGUAGAAACACCAUCACAUGAUGAAGACGAA